AUGGAGGGGCUCUUCACAGACCCCAAUUGCACCCAAAGCCUGCCCUGGGCCACUUGGCUCUCUGGGCUUGACGAGCUCACCCUGGGCGCCGCUGCUGCUGAGCCAGGACUGCCUCAGGCGCAGAAUGCGCAGCGUGCGGAGGAGGCAGCAGCAGCUCUUGGUCUUUCUCCGGAUCCCAGCUGCUUCCUCGGUUCUGCUACUCUGCUUCUGGCACAGGUGGCAGGCUCCUGGCGCCGUGGACGUUUCGUAGCGGCACUGCACACCUUCGCCUUGCUGCAUGACCACUUCCUGACAGCAGCGCACCCUGGCUUCUUCGUGCACAGUACUUGGCCAGUUGGAGAUCAGGAUGUGCGAUACUGGAAGGACCGACUGCUCUAUCAGAUUCGGCGCUUUCGGGAGCUGGUUGGUCGAUCCCUUCAUCUGGGGGCCACAGCUUUCACCGAAGACUCCAUCCCCGAUGAUGUGGAGCGAGAGAACCUGGGAGGCUUUGCCUCACAUGCACUCCAGCAGCAGGAUGGGCGACGGCAGGGGAGGAACUGGUCGGAUUCAACUUUGUGGCGGCCUGUGUGGGAGUUGGCCCCAUCCGCUGCAUUGAUCCCAUUCAAGGAUGUGGCGCCACCGGUUCGCGUUUAUGUGUAUGGAGAAGGGGAUGCGCCGAUUGGGAAGCUAACUCGUUCGCCUGCUUUCUGCCACUAUCGCCAGUGGGGCAUGGACGUUGGCUUUCAUGACUUCUUCAGGACAUCUCCCAUACGCACCUUUGACCCAGAGAUGGCUGACUUUUUCUUCGUUCCGAGUUAUGCCUGCUGCCAUCAGGUGGCGGGAAUCUCAGAUUUCGAUGAGCUGGAUGCCGAUCAUAAGGCUCUGGUUUCGCAGCUGCCUUACUUCGAGCGCAGCAGGGGGCGAGAUCACAUUUUCUCCUUUCACUACAUCGACCUGUUUCAUUCGUGGAGGAAGCACAUACCUUACAGUGUGAUCCUUACUCCAGAGACGGAGGUUGGUUUCGAGCGAUCUCUUGACGACUUCGGUCCGGACCAUGGCCGUUUUCCACCUUUCAACCCACUGAAAGACAUUGUGGUCCCGCCAUUCAUCAACAUGAAGGACAUCCUUGGCUUCGAGACGCACGCGAAGCCAAUGAGAGAGCGGGAACAUGUCGCGACCUUCGCGGGCAAGCUGUGGUCUGACAUCGUGGAGGCCGCCGACGUUCGAGGAAAGGUUGUCGCUCUGUCUUCUGCCCCGGGCUUCAAGAUCCACGCUUUCGCAUCCAUCAGGGACAUGCUGAAUCCGGAUGGCAUGCAGAGGCUCAUGGGAAACUCGGUCUUCUGUCUGGUACCACGCGGGCGGGCAGCCUGGUCAGUUCGCUUCUUCGAGGCGCUCUGGGCUGGCUGCGUGCCGGUGCUACUGUCGGACCACUACCAGCCUUCCUUCGAUCAGCUUUUUGAUGUGACGAGGUUUGUCAUAAAGUGGCCUGUGUCGAGAAUUGAUGACUCCCUGGUCUCCUACCUUCACUCGCUGCCUUUGGAGGUGGCCGAGCGCUAUGCAGAGGAGGGUCGGCGCGUUCGAUGCUGGUACCUGUAUCCGCCGCCUGAAGUAUCCUGGAUUGGUGAUUGGCCUUCUCGGAAUGAGCUCGAAGAGGUCGAGAAAAGGGUGUGUCCCAACUUGUCUUCCUCACGCAAUGCGUUUCAGGCUGUCGUUGAGAUUCUGCGGCGCCGUGCAGUGAAAACUCGGCUACGACCUGACGGGUUCUAUGCGGCGGACCCGAAGCAGGGAUACCAGCCGGUGCAGGGAUCCGCUGCUGCACUUCUGGAAGAUCAACCAUUGGGCCGGGCACGAUAUGGGAGCACUCGUGAGACACACCUGCGGCUGCGCAUUCCGGCAGGUCUGGCGAAGGGCCCCCGCUCUCGGCAUGCUGUCCGCACUCGCCACCUGCUGGCAGUCACGGCGGGAGGAAAGAAAGGAGCUUUUGCGGAGAUGUGCCCUGCACGGCCUGUCAGCAAAGUCGUGGGCCUCCUGCAAGGUAUGAAGGAGCAGCUGGAAAGUGAAGCGGAAGAGGAAGCUGAUCUCAUGGAGAAGUACAACUGCUGGUGCAAGGAGAACGGCGAACAAAAAGAGAAGGCCAUUCUGGAGGCUCGGGCCAACAUCAAGGAAUGGGAGACGCGCAUCACCGAGCUGACUGGCAUCAGCUCAACUCUGGCAACGGAGUACAAGAAUUUGCAGCAGGAGGUUGACAAGAACGAGUUGUCAUUGGACGAGUCCAUGGCUUUGCGCAAGAAGCAGGUGGCGAAGUUCCAGGAGGACGAGCGCGAGAUGUUCAAUAAUCUGAACUCUGUGCGUUCGGCCCAGGUCGCAUUGAACACCUCCUCCUUCCCCUCCUUCUUGCAGCGGCCAGCAGACACUCCGAUCCGUUUGCUCCGAGCCGUGGCGGAGAGGCAAGCGGACUACCUGAAGUCUGAGAGCCGUCAGCAGCUCAUGGCCUUCUUGCAGGAUCCAACCUCAGGAUCUGUGCGAGGGGUCAUCGACGGACUUGAGACGGACUUUGAGGGCAGUCUGAAGGAGCUGCAGGACGAGGAGCUUCAGAACAAAGCUGCCUACGAAAAGCUCGUCUCGGCCAAGAGGAAAGAAAUCGACUCGGCAAAGGUGCAGAUCGCAACCAAAAAGGAGGAGAAGACUGCUGCCGAUGAGGAGCGCCUCCAAAAGAAGCAGGCAGUCAAAGAUGCCAAAGGCUCCGUGGAAGAAGAUCUCGCCUUCGCGAAGAAGGUGCAGAAGCAGUGCACUGCCAAGGGGCAGGAGUGGGAGAAGCGUCAGAAGAUACGCAGCGAUGAAAUGCAGGCGGUCUCCAAGGCCGUUGAGAUUUUGGAUUCGGAUGAUUCCUUCGACCUCUUCGGCAAGACCAUGGCACCCUCCUUCCUGCAGCUUGCCUCCAAGAAGGCCUCGGCUAUGCCGCAGCAGAUCUACGACAGACUGCUGGCAUUGGGAAAAGCGCACGACAGCCGUCUGGUUACCCUUUCGCUUCAAGCGAAGGUGGAUGGGCUGGCAAAGGCCGAGGCUGGAGCAUUCGCCCAGGCACCCACCUUUCAGACGGAGGGCCGGUCGGUGCAAGUGAGCAUGGCGGCGACGGGUGGCGAGCCUACAAGGUUUCCCCUCGUCUUCUUGGGCCUGUUGGCGGGCACGGCCGCGGUUGGCCUCCUGGCCGUCUUCUUCUACGGCUCCUACUCUGGUGCAGGAGCAGCGGGCGAGCACAAAAGAGUGGAGGCGACACGUCAAGCUUGCUCCAAAGGUUACAUGUUGGUAGUGAUUGACCCUUGCCUCACAGCUGUUGCCAAGCACCCGCGUCGGGACUUCAUGGACUGUUUCAUGCAUGCCGCGCAGUCUUUAUGCUGGGAUGCAGGCGCCCGGCAAAUCGAUGCAGAGAAUGCCUCAGAGGGUGCCUUGCUUCGUUGGUGGCGUCGCUCCGUCGGGGCCCAGAUAUUGUCGGACGUUGAUGAUACGAUCAAGUGCUCUGGAGGGCCGCGUGGCGGCGGCAUUGACGAGUGCGGCUAUCGGAAGGAGAUCUAUCCGGGGGCUGUGCAGUUCAUGCUCGAGAUCGCACGUGGCCGCACAGCGGGCACCUUCAGCAAAGACAGGCCUCCUCCCAACGUUCGGCUUUUGUCGGCACGGCCGGAAAAGCUUGGCUUCUUGCGCAUGAAGCCCACCAGUAAGGUUGCCCGGGAGUUCCAGCGCGUGGCCAAGGCCAACGAGCUGCCAAGCUGGGGCAUUGACUUCCAAGGCUCCAAGUAUGGCCGCAUCCGCGACGUGUUCCCCGCGCUGCUGGGGGACUUCCGACCCUUCGGGCGAACGAAGCUGCGCAACUGGGAGGAAGUCUUGGGCAACGACAUUGGCCAGCAAAAGGCGGUCUUCUUGGGUGACAAUGGCCAAGGUGACGUUCAGGCUGCCCGCGACAUGGCCAUGUUUGGCCCACCCUUUGUGGCAGCCUUCAUUCACCAAGUCGCGGAGAAAAAGGUAGUGGACCAUCCCCGCAUUCGCUAUUUCCAUGGUUACUUGGAAGCUUCCAAAAUAGCCCUUCAAAUGCGGCUCAUUUCUCCAUCUGGGCACUGCCGAGUUGGCCGGGACGUGAGCGCUUCCAACCUGGCGCGGCUGUGCCGGCUGCAUGCGGCCGAUCCGCAAAAAUAUGCACAUUACCCCUGCGUGUCCGAGACCGGUGAUCUUCUGCGAUGGGAGCAGGGUUUCGACAAGGGAUCGCUGCAGCUUCUGCAGCCGCUGUAUCGAAUGCUCGAUCGGAAAAUGGCGGUGCGAACGCAGAUCGACGCCAUGGUCGCUGCACUCAAGGAGGAGCAGGCAGCCGAAGUGAAGAAGAAGGACUAUUGCAUCGAAGAGCUGCAGAAAAACAGGCUUGCUUCCGACGAUAAGAAACGAGAAGAAGACGAAUUCUCAGCUGCAGCAGAGGACUUAAAGCAGAAAGUCAAGGCCCUGGACAUGCAGACUGAAGAUGUCCAGGCACAGGUGGGCGAGCUUAAGAAGCAGCAGAAGCUGGCCGCACAAAACAGAGAGAAGGAGAAUGCCGAAUUCCAGAAAGUCGUGGAAGAGCAGCGCCAAACACAGGUCCUUCUGAAAAAUGCACUCAGUGUUCUGGCUGCUUUCUACAACAAGAAGGACGAAGGUUCCUUCCUCCAAAAGGCCAAUCCCAAGGAGCCGGAGACUUUUGGUGGCUACAAGAAGAAUUCGGCCAACCACGGCGUCAUGAUGAUGCUCCAGCAUCUGGUUGCAGAUGCCAAGGAGAUGGAAGCGGAAUCUACUGCAGCCGAGCGAGAAGCUCAGAAGGACUACGAAGACUUCGGCAAGGAGACCAUUGCGGCCCUGGACGCGAAAGACAAAGAGCUUCAAGACCAGGCGGAGCAGAAAGCAAAGCUAAGCGAGAGGAUGGUGCAAGCCCGCCAGUCCAAAGAAGGUGCCCACGCCGAAGUCCAGAACCUGGCGGGUCUCAAAGAAGACCUGCACGAGACCUGUGACUUUUUGGUGGAAAACUUCGAUGCGCGUCAGAAGGCCCGAGCCGACGAGGUCGAAGCCCUGUUGGAGGCGAAGUCCAACCUUUCCGGUGCCAAGUGA